AUGCCAAGGAGGUCGAGGAAAGCCAUCCAUAUAAAAGCCCUUUGGGAAGCGCUAGAGGAGCGUGUCACUCAAAGAGAGCUUCGAACGAUAACCGGACGGACGAACGCUGCUGCUGAUCGUCUUGACUUGCUUCUGCUUGGGCGAAUAAGAUCGCUGGAGUCCAAACGUUACCUGUACCGUUCCAAGUACCGAAAGUCUUCAACUUUUAUCUUCGAACGAGACAUGAACGCAAUUUACAAUGGGGAUGUUCAGCCGUGGCUCAACAGCGAAGAAUUCUUGCAGAAGUACCGCAUGUCAAGAGAGAACUUCCACAAGCUUGCGGACAAGAUUAGAGACUGUGAUAUAUUUAAAACUCGAGAUGAUAAGCCCCUGCAGUAUCCAGUCGAAUAUCAGUUGAUGGUGUUCUUAUUCUUUGUUGGACAACUGGGAGCUACCGAUCCUCAAACCAGGAACAUGUUUAACAUUUCACGCGGAACUGCAAACUUGUUCCGGAAAAGGAUCAUCCAAGCAAUUUUGUCUUUGAAAGAUGACUAUGUCUAUUGGCCAGACGCGGAGGAAAGAGAGGAGAUAGCACAGCGAAUAAUGGAAAAGUAUUUGUUUCCAAACUGCGUUGGCUUCAUCGACGGGACAUUGUUCCCUUUAUUCUUCAGACCUCAGUCCAAGGAUGCCCCCGACUAUUUUGGUCGCAAGUGUCGCUACAGUUUCUCUGUCCCUAUUGUUUGUGACGACACAAAGAGGAUUCGGUACUAUCUUGCUGGUUGGCCUGGUAGUACUCAUGACAACCGUAUCUGGAAAAACAGUGAUCUGUACCGGAAUGCAAGAGAGCGCUUCUCUGAAUUGCAGUACAUGUUGGGGGACUCUGCCUACGAGUGCUCACAACACAUGGUUGCAGCAUUCCGCAACUUUGACGGUCAUCCAUUGGAAAAUGAUGAAAACAUUUUUAAUACAGCACUCGCCAGUCCAAGAGUGCUUUCGGAACACACUAUUGGAAUUCUGAAGGGUAGGUUCCCCUGGCUGCAAUCAAUAAAGAAUAAGAUCACCGAUGAUGUGAACUCGCGGAGACGAGUCAUUUCAAUGAUUGGAGUCUGUAUCAUCCUUCACAAUUUCCUCAUUGAAGAAACCACCCCGGACGACUUCAUGUUUGAAGAUGAUGACAAAUCGACUCUAACGUCCCAAGAGCCUCUGGCACCUGAUGACGAACUGAACCAGCCAGUUCCUGAUUGGGCAACCGGGGACACUCGUCGCACACCACUAAAAAACUACAUCCUAGAAUUAAGGGGCAAUUAG